AUGGGUGUUGGAAGAGCCCUUCGCUCGAGGAAACUUUCUCCUAAGUUCAUUGGUCCAUACCAAAUUUUGAGACGAAUUGGGCCAGUCGCUUAUGAGAUUGCGCUACCCCUUCAAUUGGCCAAUCUCCAUUCAGUUUUUCAUGUAUCCCAACUAAGAAAGUAUGUACCUGAUCCUUCUCACAUUUUAGAAAUAGAAGAUAUUCAAAUCCGAGAAGAUCUCUCAGUGGAAGUACAACCUGUUUGUAUAGAAGACACUAAAACAAAGGAACUUAGAGGAAAAACUAUCAAUUUAGUCAGGGUAGUUUGGGAUAGGAGAACAUGUGACUCUACAUGGGAGUUAGAAGAAGAAAUGAAGCAAUUAUACCCUCAACUAUUUUCUUGA